GUGAAAAGUCCUAAAAAUGAAGAUUUUACUGGAAGUUUUUGUGAUAUGUUUAAUUUUUGGACAAAUAAUUUGUCCUCCAGUUAAAGAACAAAAAAAGGGUGAUGAAAAUAAUGAAAACAGUGAAAAUGAAAUUCCAACAGACAAAGAUGAUUUGGAAGAUUAUAUGGAAUAUCAUAGAUAUUUAAAAGAAGUCGUAAAUGCAUUAGAAAGUGAUCCAGAAUUUAGAAAGAAAUUAGAAAAAGCUGAUGAGGCUGAUAUAAGGAAUGGGAAAAUUGCCCAUGAAUUAGAAUUCGUGUCACACCAUGUAAGAAAUCAAUUAGAUGAAAUUAAAAGAGCGGAGAUCGAACGUCUUCGUCAUUUAGCUUCAUUGAAAAAUAAUAUAGAAAAUGGAAUAGUUAAUGAAAAUCAUUCUCGAGGCGCAAGCCAUGGAGGAAAUUCAAUCGAUGAUUCUGAUGUAGAACAUUUAGACCACCAAAAUCCUCACACAUUUGAAAUAGAAGAUUUGAAAAAAUUAAUAGCAAAAACGUCACAAGAUUUAGCUGAAGCUGAUAAAAAACGAAGAGAAGAAUUUAAAAAUUAUGAAAUGCAAAAAGAAUUCGAAAAACAAGAAAAACUUAAAGCAUUAGAUGAGGAAAAAAGGAAAGAAAUGGAAAAACAAAUACAAGAACAAGUCGAAAAACAUAAAAAACAUGCACCGUUACAUCAUCCAGGCAGCAAGCAACAAUUAGAGGAAGUUUGGGAAAAACAGGAUCAUAUGGAUAGUCAAGAUUUCGAUCCAAAAACAUUCUUCAUGCUACAUGAUUUGGACGGUAAUGGUCAUUGGGAUCAAAAUGAAGUCAAAGCAUUGUUUUUAAAAGAAUUAGAUAAACUUUAUCAGGCAGGUACACCUGAAGAUGAUAUGAGAGAACGAGCUGAAGAAAUGGAAAGAAUGAGAGAACAUGUUUUUAAUGAAGCGGAUGUAAAUCGUGAUGGUCUUAUUAGUUUUCAAGAAUUUUUAGACCAAACCAGAAAACCUGAUUUCAAUCAAGAUCCUGGUUGGGAAGGAUUGGAUCAACAGAAAGUAUACACUCAAGAAGAGUAUCAAGAAUUUGAAAGGCGACGUUUAGAGGAAGUUCAACGUUUAAUUGCACAAGGAAUUCUACCACCUAAUCCAGCUGGUUAUCCUCCACAUCCAGGUCUAGGAGGUCAUCCAAAUCAGUUCCCACCUCAAGGACACCAUCCAAAUCAACAAUAUCAUCCUAACAUGCAACCACAAUAUCAACCGCCACCACAAGGAGCAUAUGCUCAACAUCCUCAACAGUAUGGUCAACAACAUCCAGGAAAUAUUCAAGCCCAACAGGCUCAAUAUCAUCAAGCACAACAACAGGCCCAAUAUCAUCAAGGGCAAGGUGGUCAACAAUAUCAUCCUCAGCAAGUACCACAAUACCAGCAGCACCCAAAUCAAGUGAAUCCAGGAAAUAAUAUUCCCCCACAUGGUAAUCAAGUACCACCUCAAGGUGGUAACGUUCCACCAUCGGGAGUAAACACACAGAAUCAAAAUCCUCCAGUGGUACCACAGCAACCUAGUCAAAAUAAUGGUGUGCCACAUAUUCCAGUAAAUGAUCAAAAUCAGCAGCUAAAUUCAAAUACUGGAUUGAAUAAUCAACAAUCUCCACCGUUGCCAGCAGCCAAUGUAGAUCAAAAUAGCAUACCUGUAAAUGGGAAUCAAAAUAACAUACCUCCAUCAAAUAAACAAUCUGAAGAAAAUAGCAUUAAACAAUAAUAUCGUCAAAUAUAAUAAUUUUUCAUGACAAUUUUGGAUCAACUAACGGAAUUGUUAAAAUUGAAUCUAAAUAACCAAAAAAAGUAUUUUAUGUUGAAUAUAUUAAUAAAUGUUAUACGGAUU